CAUCUUCACCAAGAAUCCUCUCCAACUUCUCAAGAAGUUUCUCAAAGUACAACAAGGCAUCUCCAAGCUCCUCUCCUCCAAGCUCCCCUUCAAGUCUUCUUCAAGCUCCUCAAGCUCACACCACUACAAAGGCUCCUUAGGCACUCAGCAAGCGAUUACAAGCAGUUCCUGAGAACGCCAUAUUUCCCUUCACUUCAUCUAGACUAGCUCUUGAGGACUUGGCCCUCACUCGGCCUGCGCUACAAUGUAGAUAGAAGACACUUCGCUGCAUCCAUUUAGGCGUGUCCCCCAGAGUGGCCGUGUUCCCGUUCCUUAGCAACGAUCUCUGCACGGCUUGCAUCUCGGGGUUGAUCUCCAAACAUCUUGUCCGUCGAUCCUGUUGUACGAGGAGCUCGACAUCGGCAUCCAGAAUUUGCAUUCACGGCGAAUCUAUUUUAAUACCAGGAGCUUUAGCUAAGCACUUGUAACUAGUAGUAGUACCUCCUUCCUCUCACAGCAAGUAGUAACUUACCUCCCUUCAGGGUCUGCAACGUAGUUGUUCCAAUGUCGUUCUUAGAAGCUCGUCAGGCGCUCGACAAGUCGCUCGCAUCGCCUGCGUGGACGGAUCGCGAUGCCGUUGCAGCUGCUGUCAGGCGGCAUCUGGCUACGGCUUGCGAGGAGCAAAAUGUCAGCACCACUCUCGGUGCCAGCGGUAACAUUCUCGGGAAUUCCAAUAAGGAGAACAUCCUCCCCGAAUCAAAAGACGGUGUUGACACCGAGACCACCAAGCCAGCGCGUUGCGCGCGGUUCUCCGAGAAGGUGGUCGAGGCGCGGACCAAGGAGUUACUUGGCGUGCUGGACAGCCUUCGCAGCGCGGGGGAGGCGGAUGUGGAGUCGCUGGCUCUGAACGCCGAGAGCAUCCGAGAGGACGGCGUCGACAGCGGCAACGACCGACAGUGGCGGCUGAAGGAGGAGGGCAGGGAGCACCGCGUGUUGUACCGCAAGGGGCCCGAGGGCACGCCGCUCCACGAGAUCUGCCUCGAAGGGAUCAUCAACGGCCCCCUUGACACGCUGCUGGCUGUGGUCUGGGAAGUCCCGUUCUUCAAGGACUGGUGGCCUCAGUUCAGCGUUCCGCCUUUCAAGGUGCUCGAGUCCAAGUUCGCCACGCGCAUCGCACCCGGGCUAGAGCUCACCUACCUGCACUUCAAGUCCCCCUGGCCCUUCUCCUCGCGCGAGCUGCUCUUCAUUGCCUUCAUGGUGCAAGACACGGCCACUGGGCUCUUUGUGGCGACUGUGCUCUCGCCGCCAGAGGACCCGUCUCAUCUGGACCCCGAGACGUCAGUCCUAGACGCAGCCAGCGUGCCACCCAUAGGGCCUGGUCUCGUGCGCAUGACAGUGGACGGCGGCUUUGCUGGCCAGGAUCUGGGAGGAGGCCGCAGCUACUUCCGCGGUGCAUGCAUGCUUGAUCUCAAGCUCGACCUCAUGCCCCCGUGGCUCAUCAACUUCGUGGCAAGGCAGCUUGCAGGCUCUGGUUACCACCUCCUCUGCCACGAGGUGGAAGCCAUAGUAAAAGCCAGCGGGACAAACGAGCAAGACAGGGUUAACCAUGACAAGACGAAGGGACGAGGAAAGUUCCAGCAGCUGCUAGCCUCGGACCCUAUCUAUGUGGGGUUGAGGGAAGCUAUGGUUGAGUAUACGAGGGGGAAGGCGGAGGAGGAGGAGAGGAGGAUGAGGGAAGGGAGUGUGGAGGAGGUGAGAUCGAUGAGAAGGUUGGGGGAGAAGGUGGAGGAGGAGGUGGAGCGGCUUGUGUCGUCUUUAUCUAAGAGGGAAAAUGUGCUGGGGCCGGAGGAAGCAGAGGCGGCUCUGCUACAGCUGGAGGCUGCAGCUGCCUCGGCUGUAGCGCUGACGAAGCCGGUGCUACAACCGGCUGUCGCAGUAGCUUCACUUGGUUCACAUGUUAGGGACAGGGUGGGAAGCAGGAGGGGGAUGGGAGGAGCAGCUGGUAUGGCAGACAGCGAAGCAUCUGCCGCUGCUGCCACAAUCGUGGCUGCUGUCUCUGCUGCUCACGCGCCUUCCUCCGGACCUCUGCCUUUGGCUCGGCAUGGAGGUCCGGGAGCCGGAGACGGCAUGGCGAGCCUGCUUCGGGAGUCGUCCUCUGUACGUUCGGGGCCGCUUCCAAGCAUCCGAACCAUCACUGGGAGCACCAGCAGUGGCAUAAAUAACAUCCGGGCAGGUGGAAUUCCAGAUAUGCUUAAUAACAGCUGCAGCGUCACCAGCAGCAGAAGCUCGUUCAGUUGCGGUGGCAGUGGCAGCAGCAGCAGCAGCCUGAGUAGCAGCGGUAACAGCAGUCCCAGCAGCUACCCUGGGUUGUACCACAGAGACCCUGCAAUUUUCCGGGCGGUUGCAACUCUGGAUAAGGCAAUUCUAUUUGUGCGUGCACGGGCAGCAGCAGGAGCGGCAGAAACGGCAGCAGCAGCUGUUACAGAUGCACAAGGCACUGGCAAGCAUGAGAAAUCUGUUGUGAAGACGACUGCUGGAACUAGGAAGGAGAGAGCAGUCUUCGUCUUGCUCUCAGAGCCACAUGCCUCAAAAUCUCAGGAUGGCCCCGAAAUGGCAGUGGACUCCAGUGACGUUAUUCCAGAGAUAGCCAGUGGGUGCGACAAAGUUGCAUCGGCGGAGUAUGUGGAGAACGCAAGCACUAAUAAGGUAGACGGGCGAAUGAAUGAAAGGGGAAAGAGGAUUUUUUUGCCGAGAAUCGGCAAGAGAUUCUUAUGGUUAAGGUUCUCUCACACUCGGAAGACAGUUCAAGUUGAGUAGCUUUUAUGUUCAAUAUGUCAUAUAGGUUUGAUGUGUUGUUUUGUUAAGAAAUUGGAUAGCAUACA